GUUUGGCCGUGUUUGGUAGCAACGAGUCUUUGGAAACUGUUCUCUUUUUAACCUCUUCGGAUUUCUUCGUUGGUUAAAUAAAGCGGCAACGAUGCUUUCAAGAGGUUUUAUUGCAUUUUUAGUGUUAUUUUCAUCGACUUAUUGCCAGCCACCUCCUGGCGGACCUGGCGGCCAAGGUGGCCCGAUGGGCGGGCAGUCCGGAGGCGGCCGACCACCCCAGAUGAGCGGGUCAACAGGUGGACAAUUCGGCGGGCAAAUGGGAGGACCACCCAAUAUGGGCACUACCGGCGCUCAGGUCACACAAACAGGAGCCACCAAUAUGCAAACCAGUGUCGCCGGACGGCCGCCCACCAUGAACAGCGGUUUUCCCGGGCAGUCAACAACCGGCCAGGCGCAGUUCGGUAUGCCGGGUGUGACCUCGUCGGGAAGCGCCGUGAGCAGUCCAACGGGCUCAUCUAACGGUUUUCCAGGAAUGCCAACGACUUCCACCGGUCAGACAUCCAACGGGUUUCCUGGAGGCUCGUUUGGUCAAAACAGUAACAGCUUCCAACAACCGCAGUUCGGCUUCCCCUCCCAAUCCACUGGCACCGGCACAACCGGUCAAAUAAACACCAUGCAGUUUCCAGGUCAGUCUGGUUUUCCUGGAAUGCAGGGCCAGCAAUUUGGACAAACUUCCGGGCAAUCGACUCAGUCGAAUACAAACACCAUGCCCGGUCAAAGCGGUUUCCAGAACGCCGGUUUUCCGGGAAUGCAGGGUCAAACGUUUGGUCAGAACUCCGGUCAGUCGAGUGGUCAGACGAAUACCAUGCAGUUUCCCGGCCAGCCUGGGGGUUUCCAGAACACCGGCCAAACAUCCGGAUCGCAGUUCACUUCCGGUUUCGGUCCUAUGCCACCGGGAUUCCCCAGCAGCAGCAGUAUGUCCGGGUCCACCAACCAACAGGGCGGUUUUGUUAAUUCCGGGCAGUUUGGUUUUCCGGGUCAGUCUACCGGCACCAACGGGCAAGCGACCACGAUGCAGUUCCCGGGACAGAUGGCGAGCAGCGGUCAAAGUGGAGUUUCCGGCCAAAACAGUGGACAGUUUUUCAACUCGGCCAGCGGUGGAACGGGACAAAUGCAGAUGCCAGGAUUUCCCGGCAGUGGCAGUCAACAAACACUGACCGGCCAACAGGGUCUCGGUUCCAGCGGCCAAAUGCUGGGACAGCUGUCGGGAUUCCCUGGGAGCAGCCAGAGUGGUAGCAUGCAGAGCGGAUUGACCACUGGUCAGCAAGGUCAGAUGCCCUUUACAUCGUCUGGUUCGACGAAUAUGCCGUCCUUUGGCGGGGGAUUCCCAGGAGCGACAGGCACAUCACAGUUCCAGAACAGCGGUCAGACGGGCUUCCAGAAUCCUGGUUUCGGCGCAGGAGCGACUACUGGUUCACAGACUUCUUUUAAUGGUCCUUCUGUUAUGAGUAGCGGGUUUUCAUAACCAAUCAACAUUUCGUACGAGUAAUGCUGUGCAGCAUACUCGUACGUAUUCAUUAUCGGAGAACUGUGAACAGGAAUAAAGAGUGCAAACGAAAUAAAGUGUCACAUUACGAAUUUUUGCUUGUUU